AUGUCGAGGCCUGGUUCCUGCACCUCGAAGCUGUGUGGGCCGGCGCGGACCUCCAAGAUCUCCAGCGAUACCAGGCGGUUGUCCGGGCACUCCCCUCAGAAGUGGUCGCUCGUCUGUACAGUGUCCUCUCCAACCUCCCGGAGGCAGACAGCCUGUCCGUCUCCAGCUGGCGGCUGCCCCACAGUCCUCUCCAUGGAGGAAUUCUCGGUCCUCGUGGACAGAGUGCACGAGGCCCACGUGGAGUCGCCCCCCCAGCAGACCUCCGCCCCGGCCUGCCUGUGCUCCGUCAACGCCGCGGCCCCGACGGACCAGCCAACCGCACCAGCGGAAUCUCUCUCUCUCCACGUCCUCCAGCAACAGGCGGCGGUGACCUCGGGGGGUCGCCGUAACCCACCCCUGGCUGCAGUGCCCAGCUCCACCGAGACCCGCCUUGCUCCGGUGAAGGCCUCCCUGCGGCGCCUGGAAGCUCUGCUCGCCCGCUCUCCUACCCAGACGGACGCUGGGGUCUGUUUCUACCACAGGCGUUUCGGGGAGGAGGCACGCAGCUACCGACCGCCAUGUGCUUGGCCCGCCAGGAAACAGGCGGGCGGGGCCAACACCAUUGCCCGCCCCCGCCUCUCUUCCUCGUCUUUGCCCCGCCGCCCUAUCUCCGCCUCGUCUCCGCCAGCUGUACAGCCUACCCCGGGCCCCACGGAUCUUGCACCGCCUCCGCCGCUGGCCCCGCAGUGUUUCAUGGAAGGCCAUGACGCGCCCGCGUCCCCUGGACGGCCUACUGUCGGCCACACGUCGUCCCCGCCGGCGAAGCAGCGGUCCCGGGAUGGCCAGGCCCCGUCUCCUCCACCAUCACGUCUGCAGCUUACUGGUGGCCGGGCUUCCGCGUCGCCCACCCAUCUGCGAGUCUCAGCUGGGCGCGCCCCUUCGCAGCCUUCGGUCGGCGCCAGGCACCCCUACUGGCCGCCCGUUCCUCCGUUCCUGCCUUGGUCCCGCCGCCGGGGCCCCGUCAGCCCACUCCCAGCUCUUCUGACUCCCUGCGCCGUCACCUCCGCCGCAGCAUCCAGAGUGGUUUUCCGCCAGCCAGCGCCCGUUUCUCUGGGCAAUCCUGGGGAUGAAUUUUCUCGCUGUUCACGACCUAUCAUCCACGCGGAGCCCUGCGCGCAGCCGACGCCAUCCCUCACCACCCUCCGCCAAGCGACGCAGUUCGAGGCCCUCCUCCAGGAGUUUCCCCACCUUACAUCCCCACAGUCCGCCCCGCCUCGGGUUCAACACGGGGUACAGCACUCCAUCGUGACAACUGGUCCCACGUGCUUCGCUCGGCCCCGGCGGCUGCCCCCGGAACGUCUUCACGCUGCGCGCGAGGAGUUUGACCUCAUGCUGGAGGAAGGCAUUGUGCGCCCGUCUGACAGCAACUGGGCGUCGCCACUUCACAUGGUGCCCAAGGCCCAGGAUGGAGAAUGGCGGGAUUGCGGGGAUUACAGGGCCCUUAACGCCAUGACCCACCCCCCAUCUCCUCCUGUCACUUCUCCCGGCGUCAUCACCCACUUUGGCAGGUUAAGCCAACCCCCUAAUUUUUUCCAGGCCUCUUAG